AUGUACUUGAACAAUGCUUUGAGAUGCGUUCGAUAUAACGGCCAUUUCCGACAUUUUAUCCGCAAUACAAGCACUACAAAAGCAGGCACAACAGUUCAAAAACUCGUUCUACCAAUUACAAGCUUGAAAGACAUUCACAGCGACAUAGAGAUCGGUGUAAGUACGGACACACCACUGGAGCCCCGAAAAGGCAGAAGGACUGUCAACAGAGGUGCUCGUGAGGCAAAAAACUCAUUACCGCCCUCACUGCAAUAUGUUCGAGAUACUAUGGAUAAGUAUAAGGACUAUGUUGUGCUAACUCAAAUGGGCUCGUUUUAUGAGCUAUAUUUCGAGCAUGCGGAAUUGUACGCACCGAAACUGAAUCUAAGUCUCACUAGCCGCGACUAUGUGCACGGAAAAGUGGCUUUCGCAGGUUUUCCUGUUCACCAAAUUCAACGUCAUUUGAAAGUCUUGGUGAAAGAAUAUGGAUUCAGCGUUGCCGUUGCCGAUCAAUUCAAGAAAGAAGUCGUUUUGUCAAAUGAUGCAAAUCGAUUUUUCCGCAGAGUAACUCGCAUCGUUACUCCAGGAACUUUUAUAGACGAAGCCUUCGAAAACUUGCAAGAGAAUACCUUCCUACUCAGUCUAGACUUCCCUGAGAACUGCAUGCAAAAGCCAGCUGACAUAGAUAUGAAAGUCGGUUUAUGUUGGUGUGAUAUUUCGACAGGCGAAGUAUUUGUUUUACAGGUACUUCUGAAAGAUGUGGUAUCGGCAAUAGCGCGCAUACGACCUAGAGAAAUUCUUCUAGAUGAAAACUUGGUCAAUUUCAAUAUUGAAAAUGGUAGGUGGUAUCCCGAGCUUGUUGAACUGAAGAAGUACUUCGUCACCUAUCAGCGUCUACCAUCUCGUCAUCGCGAAAUCAGAUCCUUUAAUCACCUAUUCUGCAAUGGAGAAACGCAUAACCAAAAUGUCGCUGAGCUGGACAUGACUUUGCAAGAUUUCACGCAGAAGGAAGUAGCAGCACUAAGAAAAGCGCUGCUUUAUCUGGAAGAACAUUUGCCGGAUACAGCAGUGAAUUUACAGAUUCCUCAGAGACAAUUGACCAAUUCUAUAAUGCAGAUUGACUCAAGAACCAGUUCAGCCUUAGAGCUUAAUACUACGCUUCGAACAAACACUAAGAAGGGUUCGUUGUUGUCUGUGAUACGCCGGACAGUCACACCGUCGGGCAGCAGACUUCUAGCCCAGUGGCUUUCGGCUCCAUCACUUGAUAUAUGCGAAAUCCAUAAGCGGCAAAAGAUAGUCGCCCUCUUCCAGAAUGAUUUCAAUAAAACUAAAGUCCUGAUCAGACUUUUAAAGCAGACGUAUGACAUGCCGCGGAUAAUCCAGAUGUUUUCUUUUGGCAAAGGCGAUGCUGCUGAAGUACUACAGCUUUCACAAUCACUCAAGAGGGCAGAAAGUAUUGGUAGUUUUAUAAAGGAAGAGCUCUGCAACAGGAAGCACGGGUCUAAGAAACUCUUUUCACCCUUGGUGCAAUCCUUAAAUUAUGACAAAGACCUAAUUGAUAGAGUUCACCGAUCCCUCGACGAGGAGCAGUUGAGAACUUAUGAAAAUGCUCAGGCCAUAGGCGCAAUCGAGCACGAGGAAACUGCAGGAGAAUCCUCUGAUCAAUUUGCUGAUUCAGUUCUUUGGGUAGUCAGGCCAGAUUCAAAUAUCGAGCUACAGGAAUUGCAUCAACACCACAAGUGCCUGUUGACAGACCAGAAAAACCUAAAACAAGAGCUUAUGGGUGUCUUCACUGGAAGUAUCCAAGCUAGAACAUUGCAUUUGAAAAUCAAGCAGACGAGCGAGUAUGCAAUCCAUAUUUCAGCUACCGCGGCUAAUAUGAAAGAGAUAUCAAAAAGUUUAAGAGAUGGACUUUCAUUCCAGGGCAGCGUCUUCCGUAUAUUGCAAAAAUCUUCGCAAAGCAUAUGGCUGAGCCAUAAGUCUUGGGUAGGCCUCGGACAGGAACUUCAUUACGCAACGGCCAGGAUAAGAAAAGAGGAAGAAGCGUUGAUUGAUGAAUUCAAACGGGAGUUCGUUUCUAAGAGUAGUGCCAUUAGAAGCACAGCACACACGCUUGACUAUAUCGAUGUCUUGGCAUCUUUUGCCCAGCUCGCUUUAGAAAAAAAUUUGGUCUGUCCACAUGUAGACUCGUCCUACAAUAUUAGCAUCAAAGAAGGUCGCCACAUCAUGGUAGAGGAUGCACUGACUGCCCGAUCGCUUGAAAAGUUUACACCCAAUGAUACUGAUCUUUAUGCUGGUAAACUGUGGGUUAUCACAGGACCAAACAUGGGGGGUAAGUCCACGUAUUUGAGACAAAACGCGAUAAUAGUCAUUAUGGCACAAAUUGGGUGCCCUGUGCCUUGCAAAUCUGCAACAAUAGGCGUUGUCGAUAAAAUAUUCAGUCGUAUUGGUUCAGCUGAUGACCUGUACAAUGAAAUGAGUACUUUCAUGGUGGAGAUGAUAGAAACUGGUUAUAUUUUGAAAGGCUCUACUUCGAGGUCAUUAGCAAUUUUAGACGAGAUAGGAAGAGGCACCAGCGGCAGAGAGGGUGUGAGUAUAGCCUUUGCUGCAUUAAAGCAUCUCAUUGAAAAGAAUGAGUGCAGGUCACUAUUCGCAACUCACUUCGGCAAAGAGCUGCGUACGCUGAUCGAAUCUAAAUGCAAACCAUCAUUCAAGGAACGAGUAAGCUACUACCAAAGCGCAGUCCAUGAUGGCGGAGGAGACACCUUUUUUUAUGAUCACAAGCUUACACCAGGCAUCUGCGAAAAAUCUGAUGCCAUUAAGGUUGCUCUGAAGGCAGGCUUUCCAAAAAGCGCUAUAGAAGAUGCUAAAGAGAUUUUGAUGGGUUACGGGCAAAGUGCACGAAAUGAUUAA